AUUGCAAACGAGUGCAAAACCAUUCCAAUUUCUCUUAUCAACAAGCGCUUACCUAAUAAAUUAUUUUCAAUAUUAAAAUUCAGAAUUGGUCUACAUUAUGUGGUGAUUGACAAAACUAUUUCUGGCACAUAAUUUUGCCAAAUAUGGACUGUUCAACAUUAGCUUACAUUGACGUCACUGCAGGUUGUGCUCCAUUUGAACUAUUUGAAGAUUGGCUAGGGGAAGCUAAAUCAUGUGGAGGAUUCAAAAAUAGUCUUUUCAGUCUAGCAACUUCCAGUCUCUCUGGCAGAGUUUCAAACAGAACGGUAGUUUUGAGAGAUUUCAAAGAUAACAAUUUGAUAUUUAUCUCAAACAAGGAUAAUAAAAAAAGUCAUCAAAUUGCUGAAAAUCCCAACGUCGCUGCGUGUUUUCUAUGGCUUUAUAAAAAAGAUGAAAACUUCAUAAAUCGUCAAGUGAGAGUGGAAGGUACUGCUAAAGAGAUUUCCAGAGAGGAUUGUAGAAAAUAUUUCGAAAAUGAAUCACUAUUGGCUCAGGUUCGAGCACACCUUGGUAAGCAAGGACAGAAAGUAAACUGGGAUGAGCUGAAAACAAAAUAUGAUGAAAUUCUCAAAGAGGUUAAAGAAAACGGCAUGAAAAUCAAUCUUCCACAACAUGU